CAGUCUGGAAAAUCAACUCUGUCGCGAUCGUGCCUCUAUAUAGUAAUUAAAAAAUAAUGCUCAAGUAUCUGAUCGUUGCUCUGGCCCUGUGCGCUGUGACCCAUGCCGAUGGCGAGUGGACACCCAAGUCUGGCGAGGACAUCAAGAAGAUCCGCGUGGAGUGUCUGAAAGAGCACCCCCUGAGCUCCGAUCAGAUCCUCCAGCUGAAGCAGCUGAUCUUCCCCGAUGAGGAGGAUGUGCGCCAAUACCUUACCUGCACGGCCACCAAGCUGGACAUUUUCUGCGAGCACGAGGGCUACCACGCCGACCGCCUGGCCAAGCAAUUCAAGAUGGACCUGACCGAGGAGGAGGCCCUCCAGAUUGCCCAGAGCUGCAUCGACAAGAACGAGCAGAAGAGCUCCGUGGACCAGUGGGCGUUCCGGGGACACCAGUGCCUCAUGGCCAGCAAGAUCGGCGACAAGGUGAAGGCCUUUGUGCGGGCCAAGCAGGAGGAGGCCAACAAGAAGGCGGCUUAGAAACCAACCCUAAAAAGGAUCCUGGUUACCAAUAAAGUGUGCUGGAAUAUG